CCCUGCUGACCUCCGUUCCGUUUUCUUUCCCGGAAAAGUGAUGCGAGCGAAACUGUCAGCAAGGGGUACCGACCGCAGCUGCCUGGUCUCGGGAUCGGGAAACCGACGCGGGGAACGAAAGAGUUUGGGGUCUGUGGCAAGUGCCGGCCAAGGCUUGCUAGCUUAGAGAAGGCAAGAAGCGGCUCUCUCGCGGAAAUGGCCAGCACUGUGACAGAGCAUGGAAAUGUGAGGAUCAUCACUCAAACGGUCCAACAGACAGGUUCUCUGCCAACACCGACAGCUACAGUCAGAGUGGUUGACUCUGCUUCUGCAGCAUCUCAGUUCCUACUAACCCAUAACAAAAAGAUCAAGAAUACUCUGCUCAAUGUAAUUGGGAUCUUACAGAUUGUUUUUGGAGCUACCCAGGUGAGCUUUGGGAUUGCCCUGACAGCAGCUCAAGAAAGCUUCACCAUCACUGUGCAAAGUGGCAUUUACUUCUGGAUUGGGAUCCUGCUCUUGAUCACUGGGUCCUUGUUGUUAGAAGUUGAGAAAAGACAGUCUGAUCUGCUAGUGCAUUCUGCUUUCUAUGUCAACGUGACAUUUUGUGUAGUUGGACUGGUUGCAAUAAUCCUACAUGGUAUUGAGAUUGCACAAACUGUUAAAGAAGAAAACCCAUGUGACUCGAAACCCAGUCACUACUGCCAAAAUUUUCAUCAGACGCUGUCAUUUGGCCUGAACUCUGUGUUCCUCAUCUUUGUGUUUCUUGAAGUAUCCUUAGCUAUCACGGCCAUCAUUAGGCUCAAGAUUCAAAAGCAACAGAUCUAUCAACGAAUGGCAUCAUGAAGACAAGUGGUUUCUCUUCUUCUGUCACACAAUGCUGAAUAUUUACUCUAGAUGCUUCCCUGGCUUGAAGCUACUGUAUAUGAGUGUGAGCUUCCUAUCUUUAUCUUCCCUUCUCUUGCUAAAUCCCCAAAAUCUGCCUCAACGCAGAAAUGGAGAACAAGUUUUGUAUUUGUUUAUUAUGAGCUUCUUCUAUAUAGGACAGCCACGAGUUUAUCCUAAAUGGAAGGCCUGUCACAUUUCCUGCAUUAUGAAGCAUCCUCUGUAGUUUCAUCCAUGUUCAUAUCCUGAAAAGCACCAAUCAUGAUGUGUGCUGGCGGUUCUAAAUUUUAUAAUACAAGGGCUUUACCAUCACUCCCAUUUGUAACUCUUUGGGGUCUUCAUGAAGAAGAGAUAGAUUAUCUGCAAGUGGUUUCCCCCUCCCCCCCCAAGAGGCCAUCUGUUUGGAAGUGCCUUAAAUUUGCAUAUUUUCCUCUGUGUGUUUGUACUAGGGAGAGCUUUUCCUAAGUAGGCUUCUGAGUUUUUUCAACUUUACUUUUUUUAUAUAUAAGUAGUAUUACAAUUAAAAGAUGACAGAAACUAUCAAGAACUAAUGUUUAGAAUAAAAAGGAAGAAAGAAAAGAAAUAGGAAAAGCACAGAACAAGUGCAGAAAAGAAAUAUAAAGAAAUGAUUUCUGAUUUUAUAGAGUCGUGGUGGCACAGUGGUUAGAAUGCAGUAUUCCAGGUAUAACUCACUGCCCACUCCAGGAGUUAGAUUCUGAGCAGCUCAAAGUUGACUCAAGCUUUCCAUCCUUCAAGGGUCGGUAAAAUGAGGACCCAGAUUGUUGGGUCCUCAUUUUUGUUAGAAAAGCACUAUAAAAUGGUAUAUAAAUCUAAGUGCUACUGCUAUUUUUAUAGCAGUUAUAAGCAUAAAUGUACAUUAAGCUUUUACCCUAUAGUUACAACACUUUUUACAUUUUUUAAAUAAUUAUUUUAUCUUCUAAUGAUCCAAACCAUGUACGGUAAUUUCAUUUUUUUUAGUUUCACAUAAAAAGUCCAUAAAGGUUUCCAAUCAGCACUGGGCUGUAUUAUAAGAAAUGCAUUGAUUAGAAAUCAGAAAGGUGGUUUGUACUGAAAGCAGAGAAAGUUGUUCUGCUAAAAUUAGUUUAUUUUUGUUGCCCUGGAGUUGAGUUUUACUUUAUUUUAUUAAAAAUACCGUAGUAAAAGAGAAUGGGAGAUACGUUACCAACUAAUUACCAGGGAUGUGCUGCCUUUAGGAAAAAAGGAAACUACCCCUGCCAAAGGAGGAAUCGUUCAAUUCAUGGCUGAGAAGCAACCUAUCAGGAACUUGAACCAAAUUUCUUAAGCCUUGAUCACACUGAUAUGAUACAGAAUUAUUUCUGAACGCAAAAGAAACAAAUGGUUAUUGGCCAGCUUGUGCAUUCAGCAAAUAAAUAACAGCCUAAAUACUUAUCUUGGUCCAGCAUAUGCCAUUUACCUUAGUAUCUCCACUUGUAGCAAAGGCUUAGCAUUUAAUUCUAAUGAACACAUUAGAAUUAAAUGUGUUCCACAGCUUCAUAGAUCCAAUUUAUCCACUCAGAUUGAUAAUGUCUAUUUUUAUCAGAUCAAUUUUUCUGAUGUUUUGUGAGGUCUUGUUCGUUUUGCCUUCAUAAACUAUUUCCACAUGAAAUGCUUACUUUUUAAUUUAUCUGUUCUAGAGAAACUUUUGUGCCCACUCUGCUUCUUAGAAGUGCCCGCCCAUGAUUAAAUUUCAUAAAUACAGAGGUGAUAUCAGGCCCAAAACUAAGAAUGACACAUGGUGAACCUUGCAAAUUGAAUUUGUUAUUAUUUCAUACUUAUAGACAGAAUCUUGCCAGAUUGAGGACAGUACUAUCUGCAUCUACCAUAUACUCUGUGAACAAUUUUAGGGAAGUGCUGUUUUCACCCUCUUUCUCUCACACGUAACAUUUGGACCAAGUUUGCCUCUUAACACCUCUGGACUGCAUCCUUUCCCUCCUAGAUUUCAUGACAUCUAUUACAAGCACUUUGAUGCAAAUAAAAUGACCUUAUUAUGUUUACAGCUUUACUUGUAAAGCUGUGAAACAAAGAGCCAUUUCACCAAGUAAUCUGUGCUUCAACUCAAAAUCAUCAUGAAUUUUAGGGCGUUUUUGUAGAUCUCUUUUGUAAUAAGACAGAUCCCCGAGUGGCUGCAUAGCUGCAUGUAGUGCUUGUGCAAACAUUAUGAGUACUUCCAUUUCUAAUGUUUGUUUGUUUGUUUGUUUGUUUAAUAUAGUAAUGGGUGCUUAUUGUAACGGGAAAAAGUGAAACAAGUGCCUUUAGAUUUCUAAACUAUGUAAAUAUGACUUGUCAUGUUCACAUUGAUAUUUGCAUUGAAGUAACUAUUCUUAACAGUUGCAUUAAUACUACUUUGGAGAAUGUCUGUUAACAUCUGAUAACAAUUAUCAGAAAUUGUACUUAAUGUAAAUCAGUUUUCUAGUCUUUUAUUAGGAUUAUGUAAAAAUCCAGCUCUGAAAGGAAAACAUGGUUUAUAGAAUGUGUGCCUGCUUUUGGUAGCAUUUGCUGGGAAUACUGUAAAUUAAAUAAUCUUUUCCCAGGUUUGUGUAUCAGUUAUGGACCAGAACCCAACAAAAGAUACAGUUGCUUUAAGAUAUUCCUAGCAGGUGCUACAUACAGUAAUCUCCCAGGCAUUUUUGAAUCAGGAUCUCUGUACUGUAGAGCCCUAUGUUUCUAUAUAUUAUUUCUGAAUAAUUGUAUUACAUUAAGUGUUCAUUUGAUUUUUUUGUAUUCAGAUUACAAAGCCAAAUUUCUUGAUGUGAGUAAGUAUGCUAAUAAAUGUAAGGUAGAAACUUC